UAAAAGUGAACAGAGGCGGGUGAGGAAAGUCCUUGUUGGGAGACGGAAGGAAGAAAUCAAAGCUUCUCCAUCUCUCUGGCUUGGCUGCUUUGCUUCUCUCCGGCUGGAGACAGAGAAAGGAAGAAAGAGAAAGGAAAGGACUCUCUGCCUACUUUUCCAUCCUCAUUAAUUUCCAUUGGUUGGAAGGAAAGAGAGAAAGGAAAGGAAAGCGGGAAAGAUGCUUGGCUCCUUGGCUCCCUGGCCCCGAUGCCCAUCCUUGGGGUGUCUCUUCGGGGCUGAGGAGUAGCCCGAAGAGGCCAAGGUUAUUGAGGCAGCUGCAGAAGAGACGAGGUGAGCUCCCAUGGCAGUACAGGCAGCCCCGCUGGCCCCCCACGGCCACCCCUUCCUGCCCUUCGGCUUCUCAGCACUGCCUGCGGGGUCUUUGGGGGACUUCGGGGACCUCGAGAAAGGCUUCGAGGAGGGCAGCACACUUCUCCUGGACGGCGGGACGGCAGACGGCGACCCGGGUGACUUCAAGGAGCUGCUCAGCUUCAUCGACUCGGCUUCCAGCAACAUCAAGUUGGCCCUGGACAAGCCCGUCAAAUCCAAGCGGAAAGUCAACCAUCGGAAGUAUUUGCAGAAGCAGAUCAAGCGUUGCAAUGGGAUCAUCGGGGGCACUUCUGGGACUCAGGAAUCCUCUCCUAAUCCCAGUUCCCAGCCUAGUUUUACUAAUAGCAUGAACAGCAGUCAUCCACACCAGCAACUUAAUGUGCAUAAAAGGACUAGCGUCUCUUUGUCACCACCUAGCGGCGGAGCAAUACAUUCCAAGCCUCCGCAGCAGCCACCCAAUGCUCAUAAAAGGACUACUGCUUCUUUGUUGCCUUCCAGCGUCACCGCGGCACAUUGUAAGCCGCCCUUCCAGCAGCAGAAAAGGACUAACCCCUCUCUCUCGCCAUCCAGUGGUGGGGCAGUUCAUUGCAAGCCUCCACAACCAUCUAAACGAGAUGCCUCCGCCGCCACUCUGGUGCAAAGCCAAAGUUUGGCAGCUCUCUUCGACUCCUUGCAACCGUCUGGUGUCGGACUUUCCUCGAUGCAACCGGAAGGCGGAUUGGGCUCCUCUGUGCCGCACGUUGUGGGCAAGAAAGUCCCUCUCCGGCACCGUAACCUCCCUCCCUCGUUCUUCACUGAGCCGAGUCACUCUUUGAAAGAGCCUGGUCCUGAAGAGCUUUUUGACCUUCUGGAGUAUGGUGGCCUCCUCCCAGAACAGCAGCAGCAAACGUCGGAGACGUCGGUUUUUGCGCCGAGUCGCCUCCAAACCUCAGAGUUGGGGUUAGAAGGGCCUGGCUUGUAUGAAUCGCUCCCUUUGCCUGCUUUGCUGUACUCCACCGAGACUCCCUUGCGCCCCUUGCCGGCUCUUUAUGGCCCUGCUGCCCCUUCAGACUCGGGAUCGGGAGAGCUCACGGCGGCUGGGCCUCAUUUGCCUUCUGGUGCAGCUUUUGUGCCCUUCUUUCCUGACUGCCCCCCACUGCCUGCCGCUUACCAGUAUGCCCCAUCGGGGUACAGCAGGAAUGGGGCAGGAGCCUUGUUCCAGCCCUUAGUUUAGUGGCCAGGACCUGCCUUGGACCAGAGUUGGCUGGAUCUUGUUUGUUGGGGCUUUUGUGCCAACUGCCCACCACGAGUAUGGGGCAUAACAUGAAUAUGGCAGGUGCCUUCCUCCCAUCCAUAGUUUAGCCGCCAUAAUAGGAGGGAAAGAAGCUCAUAUUCUGACAAACAAGGCAUGCUGUGUGUUGCAGCCAUAAAUUCUGAGAAAUGGAGAUGCUUGGAUUCUGAAAGUCCAUCCAGACAUUACCUUUAUCCCACAAGCUUUCAUAGCAAACAGGAGGGUGGCCAAAUGCUGUUCCCUCAAAAUGUGGGAGGAGGUGCUAGAAACAAAAAAGCACAUGAGAUUUUCAGUGCAGAAAUAUCCCGGUUGUGAGCUGAAAAUGCCGAUCUCUGCAUGGCUGUUUGUCCCUGCAGUUGGAAAUCAUGGUAUUUUUAAUUAUAGGUUUGUUCUUGGGUUUCAAAUGUUUGUUUCUGAUUGGUUGGUUCCUAAAAAAAAAGGUGACACUUGAGUAGAAGGUGAAAACUUUGUCCUAGGAAGAAGAACUUCGUCUUUCACCUGUUUAAUGAAGUUUGUAGCAGAAAAACGAAGUUCCUGGGGUGCAAUAAAUACUUUCACAGUAAGUAAUAUACAAUGAGACAGGAACAGACACUUUCAAACCAGGAACAGAAUGGCAUCAUUACUAUAAUUAUUCAGACCUUGUUGUGUGGCCAUCUUUGCAGAGAGAUUUCAUGGUGGACUUGUGCCAGGGAACAACAGGGUGAUGUUCCUGGCUUGAAAGUGUUUGUUCCUGUUUGAUUGUGUAGUACUGAUUUGGACAGAAGUGGUCCUACCACAUUAACUUUGUUUGUGUGCCAGCAACUUCAUUAAAUGGGUGAAUCGCAAAGUUACUCUGGCCAGGAUAAAAAACAGAACUUUUGCAGGGAUUCACAUAUCUGUAUCUUGAGGGUUUAUUUUUUUAAAAAAAACUGCUGAGGUUUCCUGUGGUGGCCUCCUUGGGGGUUUCUACAUCCCGCAACAAGGCAUCAAGUGUGGACGAUGGAGGCAGAAAUCCUGGGACCAACAGGUCUGUAUGUGGACCUCUUCUGAAGUCCUGGAAUUUUUUGCCUCUCACCUAAACCCGUGAUUCGGUGUUAUCUUGAAGUGUUUUGGGCAAUUAUUUUUUGCAAUGGAGUGAAAUGGCACUGCACCUGGGGACAAUAUAGAUCAGGCAUGGACAUCCAGGUGUUUUGAGCUUAAACUCUUACAUUCCUAACAGCUGGAGGGCCAAAGUUUGCCCAUGUCUGAUAUGGAUGACAAAGUAUUGAUGCAAAGGUGGCCAUGGGAGUUGGGAGGUGGAUCUGCUCCAUGUUGUAGUCUGAACAUUAAAGGCUGAGCUGUAUCGCUAAUGGCCAAAGAGAUCCACACCUGGCAUAACUGGCCUAAAGUUUGGGCCAAAACCCAGAACAGACCCUACCCUUCCUUCUGUGUUGAAAUGCCAACUUUUGCUGGAGGGAAGAGCAAAACAAUAACAGCAGACAGUCACUAUUACUCUUUGUGGAUGUAUUGCUUGCAAAGAAUCAAAUAAACCCCCUUACUCUCCAAGAUGAAAUGCUUCUCCAGUCCCCAAAUGUCUUAUCUUUGCAGAAAGACUCUGGAAAUUAUUCACACUUGGAACUAAUUUAUAAAUGCUCCACUGAAAUUUUAACUGACUGCAAUACUCACAAUUUGAGGGCUGGAGGAGAAGUUUAGUGUGGAGCAAUAUUCUUAGGGGAGUGGUUUGUGCAUUGGAUUGUGACUCUGGAGACCAGGGUUCGAAUCCCUGCUCAGCUGUGGAAUCCAUUGGGUUACCCUGGGCAAGUCACACACUCUCAGCCUCAGCCCCAGCUGCGUCAUUGCUCAGCCCUAGCAUUGAGUCCUGGAGGUUAAUAUUGUGUCAAGCUGUAUUAAUUCUAUAGUGUAAAUGCACUCUGAGAUGAUGAUUUGGGAUAGAGAUCAGCCCAUUAGAUAACUUCUUUUAAUUUAGGAUUAAAACCUGGAGUGGAUACAUCAAUAGGGGAAUAACAAGCCUCUACUGCCAUUCUGGCACCUGACCAAAUUUAACACAGAAGUUACUUUUCUGGCAUGUACCUUGGGGAUUUCUGGGUAGGUGCCGGCUGUUAGGAAUUGUGGGAGUUGAAGUCCAAAACACCUGGAGGGCUGAAGUUUGCUCAUGCCUGUUUUAGAGAAAUCGUGGUAGGGAAAAAGUGAAAACCUGAUCCCACCCACACUCUCCAUCUAAACCAAAACCCCAGUAUUGAUACUGGAAUGGGAUUAAGAAAUGUUGGGAGGCUUGAUCUUAAAUCUCUGACAUCACAGGCUAUUUAGGGAGAUAGUACCAAAUGAGACAUUGGUUAUCUAGAUGGAAAUUGCAUAGAGAAAUGC